CUCCGAUCAACAAUUACUUUGUACGUACUACUAAUCAAACAUAACCAUCUCCACUCCCCAAUCUUCAAUCUUCAAAAUAGUGAUGCAAAUCAAAUCCAUCGUGAGAAGAUGAUGAUGAUGUCAGCAUCGAGAUUGAAUAAUUCAACCUUCUCCAGGUUCCUCCGGCCGGCCGCCGGAGCUGGCCGGCUGAGGGUUCCUCCGAUCACUCCCUCCUCUCCUUCCCCUUCUUACUAUUAUUCUUCUAAAUACAAAAUGGACAAAGACACGAAGGAAACGAUCACCAAGGUGAAAGAGGCAGCUGAGACGGUUAAAGAAGGAGUGAAUGAUGUGAAGAAGACCACCAAAAUUGUGCGCAAUAUUGCCUCUUCUACUGCUGACACGGUGAAGAAACUGGCAAAAGACGCCACAGACAAAGUAUCAAACUCGGCGAUCCAGGCCACCACCGAAAUUGUUAAGGACAAAGUUAAGGGCAAAUUUGAUUGAGUGGUUAUGAGUUUCCAUCUCAAUCAAACGCAAAAGUAUACGCUUACAAGUCAUGACCAUGGAAUUAUUUGUACAUUUUGUUCAUUGAAGGAUUAGUUGUGUUUUAAUCUUUACUUGUAGAUGGUCAAACCCUAGUUGAUCAUGUAAAGGGUUUCAACCAUAUGAGCAAAAUGUAGCGUAAGGUUAUUUACAUCAUCUUUCUUCCAAUGCUUAAGAUCCACUUAAACAUGAUGCAGCUGAAAGCCCCUACUUAAACCCUAACUUGUCCCCCGUCCACCCAGAAUGUCCAGGGACUGCUACUGUGAUGUAUUGGGCCUUGGGCCUUCGGGAUUUGAGCAGACAGCAGAGCCCACAUCACAUGCAAGUGGCACCAAAUUCCAAAGAAAAUCAGAGCCCACUACUGCUGAACUUGUGGUCUGUGGGCCUGUAGCUUGCACCUCUCAUAUUCCUUUCCUUCCCAUACUCCACCGGCCUUUUUUCU